AUGAAAAUGGUCCUUAUUCUGUCCUUUUUUCUUAAACCUGUAUUAUCCGAUUAUGUGUAUAUUUUAAGUCCUGAAUAACCAUACAUUCUAACAGAAUUUUCAAUCAUAGAAGCAAUUAUUAGGGAAGGAGUUGUAUAUAAACAGAGCUCUUGGUUUUAAUACCUUCCCUUAACUUCUACAAUUUAUGCUAUAUCUGUUGGGAUGUUAGAUAGCAAUUGCUAUCAUUUAUUUAGUUCGGUAGGGAAAGAAUCAAAAAGUUUAAAUUUUUUACAUUAUGAUUGUUUAGAUUAUGAAUAAAAGUCAAUCACAAAAUUUAUAAAAUUCAUAGGUAGCGAUAAUUAACAAUACAGUUAUGAAUUCGAUAUAAGUAUUUUUGAAUAUGAAAAUUAGUGGUACUUCUUUCAAUUCAUAUUAUAUCCAUAUAACAAUAGAUUUUAAAUAAUAUUAAUCAAAAAUGAAGAAGUCAUCAAAAAUGAAAUUUUGGAUGUUUUACCAUUUCAAGAUGAAAUUAUAAUUUAAUAGGUUGGAGGUGAUUUGGUAGUAUUAGAUUCAAAACUAGUCAAUAUUGCUAAUGGCGAUAAAUUUGCCACAUUUCCAGGCAGAGUGAUUCCAAUUUAAGGUGAUUCUACGAUUAAAAACUUUGUUUAGGCUGCUAUUUCUUUAGUAAAGUCUAGGAAAGCCUGUAAGUGUGAAAGUAAUCCAAUAAGUAAUUUAAUGGAUUCAGAUUAUUUUUCUCUCUACUAAUCAAUUUAUUCUUCAAAAUUUUAGAACUGCAAUUAAUUUUUAUUUACAGGAUGGUUUAAGAUUAAAGAAAUAAUUCAAACCGACUCAGAAAUGACAUUUUAAUUUAUUAAAUUGACUUCAAAUAUGUAGAAUGAUUAAUUGUAAAAUGAAAAUCUCUCUCCUUUAUAAUUAUUUUACAAGCUUUCAUAAAACCUAAAUACAAUAAUUAUUACAACUUAUAGUUAUACAUUUCCAUCAGUUAAAUUAGAUUUUACAAACGAUCCUUUUUUAAUAACCAAAGAAUUCCAGAUUUUGAACAAUAUGUAGUUAUGGCAUCUCCUAUAUGUAAAAUUAGAAAGAGAAGAAUUUUCUGUCAAUCUUAAAUUUUUUGAGAAUAGGUAAAUUUACGAGUAUAAGACAUCAAUUAUUGUUAAGCAAUUUCAUUAAAUAUAUUUUAAGCUCUUUUUAGGCAAUCUACAAAAGUCCACCAAUAAUUAUCUAAAUAUUAUAAGUAGGAAUCUAUAUUUUUUUAAUUGUAAUAAAGAUUUUUAAUAACAAAAUUGCCACAUUUCAUGUGGAGAAUGUGAUGGUCCAACUUAUCAAGAUUGUAUAUCUUGUUCCAUAGAAUCAAAAAGAAUAUAUUUUCCAGAAUAUAAAUAGUGUAUAUGUCCAUAAGACACUGUUGAUCACGAUGAUUAAUGUUUAGGCUAUCCUGAUUUUGGUUUUUAGUUAAUUUCAGGUGAAGAAUAAAAUGAUGGAUGUUUGUAUGGACAAUUUGAGCUUAAUGGCUUGUGUUAUCAAUGGUAAUUUAAUAAUUAAAAUAUUAGUCCAGGAUAAAUAAAUUCAUAAAUUACAACUUGUUUUGAAUGCGUUUAAAAUCCAAAAGAUUGGUACGAUAACCCAUUUUGUAAUACAUUUGUGUACCUAAAUCAGGAUGGAAGAACGACUUCCUUAGAAUAAGUAUAUUACCAAUCUACAGCUAAACCCUAUUUCAUUUUUAAUGGUGUCGACCUUGAACUUUGUUUGGAAUGUUAAAAAUCAAGCCUUACAAAUUAGGAGAAUAUAAAUUAAGAUAUAGCUAAGAAAUAGGAAUUAUUUAAUUCAUUUUGUCUUUCUAAAAUUUCAGGUUAAUAAUGUUCAAAAUGCAGAAUUGAAUACUGCACGACUUGUGCAAUUUUAAUAACAGGAUAAACCUGUCUUUAUUGUAAGGGAUUCUCGAGUUUAGAAGAUGGUAUUUGUACCAUGCCUUCUCCAGGAAAGAUAUUUAAAUCUGAAACUUAAAUGUUAAAGAAAUGA